AUGGCCCACGCUGCACCAAAACACAGACAGCUGCCAGAUAAGGAGAGCAAGCUCUUCAGAGAAUUGCUCACGCAAUAUGAGUUGAAGCAGUAUAAAAAAGGUAUAAAAGCUGCUGAUACGAUAUUGAAGAAGUUCCCUAAUCAUGGUGAAACGCUCGCUCUCAAGGCACUCACUCUCCAUUCGUCACUGCCCGAGCCACUGACAGUAUCAGCCGUACCUAAGAAGGAGGAAGCUGAAGCGAUGGCUAGACUGGCUAUCAAAAAGGAUAUCACAAGUCACAUCACAUGGCACGUAUUGGGUAUCUUAGCUAAAAGUAGGAAAGAUUGGGAUGAAGCUAGUAGAGCAUUUGCCAUGGCCAGGAAACAGGAUCCAGAUAAUAUCCCAUUGAUACGAGAUUCUAUAGCCCUUCUCACUCACACUCGUCAAUACCCUGCUGCUCUAGCCGCAAGACAUCAUUAUCUCUUACUCCGACCUCAAAUUCGAUCAUCAUGGCUUGCUCUGGUCAUUGCUCAUCAGCUGAAUGGAGAUUUGGAAGAAGCAUUGAAAGUGUAUGACGAUUAUCAAUCUACGCUAAAGGAGGAAGGUGCAACUGGACCGGAAAAAUCACAGAUCCUCUUGCAUGUGAUCAGAGUCUGUAUAGAAGCUGGAAAGGAUCAAGAGGGUUUAGAUAAGUUGAGACAAGGUGUGAGAGAUGGAGUUAUCAGUCCGAGAGGUGAAUGUACCUUGCUCAAGGCACAAAUGCUCGCUAAUCUCGGAAGACAAGAGGAUGCUCUGCAAACGUACCAAGAAUUGUUAGAGCAGAACUCAGAUAAUCUGGAAUACUACAAGGGAUAUCUAAGGACUAAGGGGAUUGACUUGAAUGUCGAACUUACCGAUGAAUCUCGCUCGAAAAUCCUCGAAACGUUGUCGACGUUCGCCGAGACAUUCCCUCGUUCAGCUGCUCCUCGUCGUUUGGCUCUAGACUACUCAGCAGGUGACAAAUUCCGAGAACUUGCCAAAGCAUAUAUCAUCAAAGGACUAGAGAGGGGUGUACCAUCCUUAUUCGUCGACGUUAAGGGUGUGUAUAAUGACUCUGAAAAAAUGAAGGUUGUUGGUGAGAUCGUAGAAGAUAUCGUAAGCAGAUUGGAGAAAGAUGCGUCUUUGGGUGAUGAUGGUUCGAUAUCACCUCCAACAAUGUUAUUAUGGGGAUACUACUACCUUUCACUCCACUUAUCCUAUCCUCUACAACCCUCACCGAACUACACUAGAUCACUAGAAUUGCUCGAUAAAGCAAUAACGCACACCCCGACUUUACCAGAACUAUACAUGGCCAAAGCGAUGGUCCUCAAACGAUCAGGAGAUUUACUAAACGCGGCAUACGAGAUGGAAAAAGCUAGGUUGUUGGACGGUCAGGAUAGGUUCUUGAAUGGGAAAUCAGCGAAAUACUGGUUAAGAGCAGGAGAAGUCAAGAAAGCAGAAGAAUUAUUAGCUAUGUUCACCAAGAAGGAUCUGACUCCUGUACAGGAUUUGACGGAUCUACAGUGUUUGUGGUUCCUCCAGGAAGAAGGGGACGCAUAUAGGAAAGGAGGUAAUUUGGCGAUGGCUUUGAAAAGGUAUCAAGCUUUGGUCACUGUUUUCCAAGAUUACGAAGAUGACCAAUACGAUUUCCAUACCUACUGCAUGAGGAGGAUGACAUUUGGUGCAUACGUAUCGUUGAUGAGGUAUGAAGAUCAACUUCGAUCUCACCCCGCCUACUUCAAGGGUGCUCUCGCUGCUAUCGAGAUCUAUACUCAGGUAUUUGAUGAUCCCAGUAUAACAGAAGAGAAGAUUAGUCCAGAGGAAGAAGCCGAACGUAAGAAACAAGCUAAGAAAGCUCAAAAAGCCGAAGCGAAAGCUAAGAAGGCGGCUGCUACAUCAGGAGAGAAGAAUGAUCCAGUCGUACCAGACUCUGACCCAACGGGUAUCCAACUACUCAAAUCUGAGACUCCAAUAGACGACGCAUUGAAAUUAUGGAAACCUCUUGAAAGAUUGGCAGCGGAGAGAGUGGAAACUUGGUUGAGUGGUUAUGAGAUUUUCAUCAGGAAGAAGAUGUACCUCGCCGCCUUGAAAUCACUCAAAUCCUCUCAUUCCAUCUCCCCCUCAAAUCCUAAAUUACAGUAUCAAAUCCUUCAUUUCCACCAAACCACCUCCACAUCAUCAGAAGAUAUUCCUCAAUCUAUCAAAUCGGUUAUCGAAAAGGAACUUCCAUCUUUACUCACUACUUCCCCUGAUGAAUUCAGUACCUCGCUUGUUGACAAGGCCAAGACACCGGAAGAGAUCUACUACGCUGCUAAAGGAUUAUCAGUAAUUUCUCCCAGUGAUAAAAAGAAAGCUAAAGAGGUGUUAUUGAAAUUGGGCGAUUCGGACGUUAUACCUCAUGUUAUAUAUAUGGAAAAGUCCUUGACUCUCCUACAUUCGAUUGCUCCCGAAGAUGUGGAGGAACUCCAGAAAAAAUAUAGAGAACGAUGUCCGAACGCUUGGGUAUUCGUCUCUCCCUCUGAGAAAGAGGAGAAAAGGAAAGGGUACCAGAGUGGGUUGGAAGGGUUUCAGGGUGAACAGAAUAAAGAGGAUGAAAAGAAGUAA